CCUCAUGCAGUGAUGCUGCAGACCAGCAGGAGCUAGUCAGUAGAAGAAGAGACAUUAUUUGUAGGCAGCAGCUAGAAAUUAAGGACGAUUAUCGAUGGAGCAGAAGCCACCAGCAGUUGCUGCUAAUAAUAAUCAGCUGCUGCUGAUGAUGAUAAUGGUGGUGGUGGCGUGCAGUAAUUAUAUGAUUAGUGGCGCAGGAGCGCAGCCAUCGCCGGGAUACUACCCGAGCAAGACGAUCCGAUCGAUGGCGUUCGGCGAAGGGUACGACAACCUGUGGGGCGGGCAGCACCAGACGCUGUCGGCGGACCAGACGGCGCUGACGGUGUGGAUGGACCGGAGCUCCGGCAGCGGCUUCAAGUCCAAGCGCUCCUACCGCAACGGCUACUUCGGCGCCUCCAUCAAGGUCCCCUCCGGCUACACCGCCGGCGUCAACACCGCCUUCUACCUGUCGAACAACGAGCUGUACCCGGGGCAGCACGACGAGAUCGACAUAGAGCUGCUGGGGACGGUGCCGGGGGAGCCGUGGACGCUGCAGACGAACGUGUACGUGCACGGCACCGGCGACGGCGCCAUCAUCGGGAGGGAGAUGCGGUUCCACCUCUGGUUCGACCCCACCGCCGACUUCCACCACUACGCCAUCCUCUGGAACCCCGACCACAUCGUCUUCCUCGUCGACGACGUCCCCGUCCGCCGUUACCCGCGCGCCGCCGGCAACACAUUCCCCGACCGCCAGAUGUGGGCCUACGGCUCCAUCUGGGACGCCUCCGACUGGGCCACCGACGGCGGCCGCUACAAGUCCGACUACCGCUACCAGCCCUUCGUCUCGCGCUACCGAGACCUCAAGAUCGCCGGCUGCGAGGCCGCCGCGCCGGCGAGCUGCCAGCCCGUGCCGGCGUCGCCGUCGGGCGCCACCGGCGAGCUCAGCGCGCAGCAGAAGGCGGCCAUGAGGUGGGCGCAGCAGAGGUCCAUGGUCUACUACUACUGCCAGGACUACUCCAGGAAUCACGCCAACUACCCCGAGUGCUAGUGGUUGAGCCAUGCAUCUUCAGUUUCACAUCGUUUCAUGUGUUGUGUGCACCACGUAGUACGAGCACCAACACGUAUCUACUAUUACCCUCAUCAUAAUUAUUGUGUACGAUUGGAUUGAGGUGUGCAGCUGUGUCACCCAAAAUUUCACUUCGACCUGCAAUGCAAGCAUGUGUUCCAAAAACA